AUGAAAUAAAAAAGUUAUUUGCAAUUUCUUUAUUGUAAGAUUCAUGAUUUUUAUGGUAUUAAAGAUGAUUUUCAAGAGAGCGAUUAGAGUCAGAUUUAAAUUUAAAAGAAGGAUUAUAUUUUUUAUAUUAUAAGGCUACUUCUGUGA